AUGAAAGCCUUGCUGCUUGGAGCGGCCUUCCUCAUCGCGGCGAUCCUCGUGUACGACUAUUUUUGGACAGGAUUUGCUGGCUUACGUGCUGACCACCGAAGUGUGCGUGAAGCAUGGCCGGACUCAACAGAUGCAGCAGAUGAGAGGGCCUAUGACAUGCUAAAGGACAUCGGCAGGGACCCAGCUUUGUCAAAGUUGAUGCAACGGCACCACUUACGCACCGGCUGUCUCAAGGAAUUGGGUCCUCAUGAUCCUCGGUACAAGUACGACAGGCAGGCGACCCAGUUUGAAGUCUUGGAGGGCUACAAUGACAUAAUGACAUUAGAUGGGUAUGGACCAUCUGCCCGAGGUUCUGCCUACAUCGCACUCAGGUUGCGCGAUCCUCCGGGUAAUCAACUGCUACCACGGAACAGAGUGGUUCAUACAUUGCUGCACGAGCUUGCCCACUGCCGAUAUGAUGGAUCAGCAGACCCAGUGAAGCACAUGAGAGCAGAUGUCAGGGAUCCUGCAGAGAAGCAAUUUCGGGCCUUUUUGAGUCAGCUCGAGAGUGAUUAUAAAGAGCUGCGGCAAGCAGCUCAAAGGACCAAGGCCGAGCCGCCACAAAGCAGAGAGCUUCAGCUACACCUGACCGCUGCAGUCUCCACAGCGUCGUCGGCGGUAGCGGCAGCCCGCCAGAUUGUAACGGAGUCGUGCAAAACCAUCAAUUCCUGGCAGUGUGCCGUGGCAUUUUUGCUAAUGUGGUUGCUUCGGAAGCUGCUCCGCUGCAGGGCGGGCAACUUUGCGAAGGGGCAAUGUGUCCGCACCCGCGCCCUUCCGGCGAUGCACCUCAACGGCAUCGAAGGUGUACUCACCUCCUACCACUUGUGGAGAGGUGCUUGGUCCUUGAAACGGCGCAACGGAGCUACGAUCAUGGUAAGAGCAAGCAAUCUAGAAGGAAUUCCUUGA